UUCUACUUGGUUUUGAAUUUGUGGAAUAUGUGAAUGAAUUUUGGUUAAAUUUUGAUCUAUAUGUGUUUGGUAUUUUUGAAUUUGUUCAGGUGAUGCUUGUUUCCAAAAAGGAACUUUUCUAG